AUGGCCAAGGAUACCGCCAUUACCACUCGCGCAACGAGUGUCGAUUUCGGCACCGGCGGCAUGGGCUCCUCCUCAAACUCAUCCUCCCCAACCCACGCCUUCGACCAUGCGCCAGCCGAAGUCGUCGAUGCGCACGACCGACGAGCUUCGGAUCGUCGUGUGAACAAGAAGUUGACCUGGGGUGAAAAGUUUACAUACUUCAAGACGAAAGAGUUUUGGUCGAUCCUUGCGCUUGGCCAGAUUCUGGCGAUUGCUGUUACGGGCACGAACACCUUGUCGACAUUCUUGGUCAUUGAGGGGACGAGUAUCCCGGCGUUUCAGAGUCUGUUCAACUAUGUGUUGCUGAGUGCAACUUAUGGCAGCUAUACAGUGUAUAAGUAUGGGUUCAAGGGGUAUGGGAAGCUGUUGCUUAAGGAUGGGUGGAAGUACCUGAUCCUCUCCUUCUUCGACGUAGAAGGAAAUUACUUCACCGUCCUCGCCUACCGAUACACCACCAUCCUCUCAGCCCAACUCAUCAACUUCUGGGCCAUCGUUAUCGUCGUCACAAUCUCUUACUUCUUCCUCAAAGUACGCUACCACUGGGCUCAGAUCCUAGGUAUCUUCAUAUGCAUCGGCGGCAUGGGCAUCCUCCUCGCCUCAGACCAUAUCCAAGGCGUCAACGGCGGCGAUAUCCCCCGCAGCAGCCAGCUCAAGGGUGACCUCUUCGCCCUCGUCGGUGCAACCUGCUACGGUCUCAGCAACGUCUAUGAGGAGUGGUUCGUCUCCGGCCGCCCUCUCUACGAGGUCAUUGGCCAGCUUGGCUUCUGGGGCAUAAUCAUCAACGGUGUCCAGGCGGCUAUCUUCGAUCGAAGCUCCUUCCGCACCGCGACUUGGAACAGCAAGGUUGGCGCCUAUCUGACCGGGUAUACCCUCAUUCUCUCGCUCUUCUACACCCUCGUUCCGAUCCUGUACCGCCUCGCCUCCGCCGCAUUUUUCAACAUCUCGUUAUUGACGGGAAAUUUCUGGGGUGUAAUUAUCGGAACCGCGGUGUUUGGGUAUACAGUGCAUUGGAUGUACCCUAUUGCGUUUGCGCUGAUCAUGGUUGGGCAUUUUGUCUAUUUUCUUGGUAAGGGCGUGCUUGGAGAGGCGAAGAAGGCGUGGCUCGGGGAGCAGCAGGAGCGUGGGCAUAGUGGAUUGUUUACUGCGAGGAGGAAGAUUGAGAAGGAGCAGGUUUCUAUGGAGGCGCCUGCGGCAGGGACUGGAAGGGGUGAAGGGCAUGAGGGUGCUGGUAUCGUUUGA